AUGGGCCUUCCCACGGUUCGCGUCGGCGACAUCCGGCCAUGGUUCAAUCGGGAUGCGGGAGACGUCGACCGUCGGCUUUUGCUGAUCGGGUUAGGUCUCGUCGCUUGGGCUGUUUGGGCCGCCUCCACCAGUUUCUUGCACCAGUCCAAAUACAUACUUCCUAAUCCUAUCCCUGGAGUGCCUUUCUUUGGGAACAGCUUCCAGAUGCCUUUGGAGGGGCAGGGUCCCUUUGCGACCAAGCUCGCCGAGAAGACGGGAGAGAUGUAUACUAUGAAAUUCGGCAGAGCCACAUGGGUUUUUCUCAACUCUCGGCGAGUAGUCACCGAGUUGCUGGACAAACGAGCGGCGAUAUACUCUUGCCGCCAAAAUCUACCCAUGGCGAACGAGAUCAUUUCGGCUCACAAGAGGCUUCUCCUCAUGCCUUACGGUGCACCCUGGCGGAAGCAGAGAAAGGCCAUGCACCAGAUUCUCAACAAUACCAAGCAGACCAUGUUUCUACCGUAUCAAGACGUCGAGUCGCGCGCUCUCCUCCAUCAUUACAUGAACCAGCCGGAACGGUGGUGGGAGGCCAAUGCCCGUUUCUCAAACUCCGUCAUCAUGAGUGUCACUUACGGAGUACGAUCAGACCUGGGCGAUCCUGAUUUGGCCAACUUGGUUCGAAACGCAGAGCAGUUUGUCCCUUACCUGUUUCCCGGGCAGUGUUUGAUUGACAUCUUCCCAUGGCUCCUCAAGGCGCCCAUCCCGGCAUCGUGGCAACCCUGGCGUUGGUGGGGAACUCGUCUUCAACAUGCCACAAGAAACGCAUAUAAGAAGCUGUUCGAUGAUCUAUUAGAGAGACGGAAGCUUGGGACCCAAAAGCCGUGCUUCAUGACGGAAUUGUUGGACAGCAACAAGGACGAUUUCGAAGCCGAGGAGUGCUACUACAUUUGCGGAACUCUGAUUGAAGCAGGAUCCGACACCACCCGUCUAACCCUUAACGUGGCCUUGGCAGCCGCGGUACUGCAGCCUGACUGGGUUGAAAGAACUAGGAAGCAGCUCGACGAGGCGUGCGGAGCCAACGCUGAACGCCUGCCGAACUUCAGCGAUAUGGAUCAAUUGCCAUUGAUCAAGGGCGUUGCCAAGGAGUCCCUUCGAUGGAAGCCUGCCAUUGCCGAAACCGGAAUUCCCCACGCCUUGACCAAGGACGAUGAGUUUGAAGGAUACAAGCUCCCUGCCGGAGCAGUUGUAACAUACAACCACUGGGCAAUCUCUCACUUGGACUAUGAAGAUCCGGAACGAUUUUACCCCGAAAGAUUCCUCGACGAAGAUCUGAACGCACCUACAAAGGGACACUUGGGUUUCGGCUCUGGCCGAAGAGUGUGCGUCGGCAACACCGUUGCUUGGCACAACCUCCUCAUUUCCCUGAGCAGGAUGCUGUAUUGCUUCGACUUUAAGGGCGACCCGAACGCACCUAUCAACGCAGCCGUGAGGAUUGACAGCGUGUUCACCAAAGCUCCUUUUAGUAUCUCCAUCCAACCUAGGAGUGAAGCUCACCGUCUUCUUAUUCAGCGAGAAUGUGCCGAUGCUGCCAAAAUGGAGAAUUAG